AUGAGUGACAUAGAUCAUAGAAUUGCUGCUGUAGCACCAUUCACUGGCCUACGGCAAUUUCCUGAUGGCCGUGGUUUCAAACAAUGGACAGGUAACGAUUCCAAAGCACUUAUGAAGGUCUUUAUUCCAGUUAUCAAAGGCCACAUACCCCAAGACAUGGUCCAUGCAUUUCGUGCGCUCUUGUAA